AUGCCGGCAGCCGCGGCCGCGGCACGGAAGCUGUCGCGCUUUCAAGCAGCCAUACUUCUCAGCGCGGCCUCCUGUACUCUCCGUAAGGGCGGCUGCCGCAGCAGAGGGGGCCCCGCGCAGCCGCGGCGGUGGCCGCCGCGGGCGGGGGAUUCCCAUUUACUGCGCAAGCAAUGCCAGGCAGACCAGCGCAUGGGAGCUGGCGAGGAGGAGUUGUUCAAGGCCAUCAACACCAUCCGCUUCCUGUCAAUCGAUGGCGUGAACAAGGCCAACUCUGGCCACCCUGGGCUGCCCAUGGGCUGCGCCCCUAUGGCAUACCUGCUCUACAAUGAGUACAUGACGUACAACCCCAAGGACCCCCUCUGGCCCAACAGGGAUCGCUUCGUGCUGUCCGCUGGGCACGGAUCCAUGCUGCAGUACUCCCUGAUGCACCUGGCAGGCUAUGAAAGCGUGCAGCUGGAGGACCUCAAGCAGUUCAGGCAGUGGGGAAGCAAGACGCCUGGUCACCCCGAGAACUUCGAGACCCUGGGAGUUGAGGUCACAACAGGCCCCUUGGGUCAGGGUAUUGCCAACGCAGUCGGCCUGGCAGCUGCUGAAAAGCACCUGGCUGCGCGCUUCAACAAGCCUGACGCGACUGUGGUCGACCACUACACAUACUGCAUCCUGGGAGAUGGCUGCAACAUGGAGGGCAUCUCCAACGAGGCCGCCUCCAUGGCAGGCCACUGGGGCCUCGGAAAGCUCAUCGCCUUGUACGAUGACAACAGGAUCUCCAUCGACGGCCACACGGAGAUCUCCUUCACUGAGGAUGUGGCGGCGCGGUUCGUGGCCCUGGGCUGGCACGUGCAGCACGUCAAGGACGGCAACACCGACCUUGACGGCCUCCGCGCGGCCAUCGACGCCGCCAAGAAGGACCCCCGCCCAUCCUUCAUCAAGGUGUCCACCCUGAUUGGCUACGGAUCGCCCAACAAGGCCGACACCCACGAUGUGCACGGAGCGCCUCUCGGCAAGGACGAGACCGCAGCCACCCGUGCCAACCUAAAGUGGAACUACGGCGAGUUUGAGGUGCCCCCUGAGGUUUACGAGCUCUUCAGCAACGCCCAGAAGAAGGGCGCCGCCGCCGAGGAGGAGUGGAAGAGUGCCUACGCCGCCUACAAGGACAAGUACCCCGAGGAGUACGCCGAGCUGAACUCCAUCUACAGCUCAGCGCUGCCGGCUGGCUGGGAGGAUGCGCUGCCCACAUUCACCCCCGAGGACAAGGCCCUGGCCACCCGCCUGCACUCCCAGACCAUGCUCAACGCCCUCGCCAACGUGCUUCCAGGGUUCUGGGGCGGCUCGGCCGACCUGGCGCCAUCGAACAUGACGCUGAUGAAGCAGUUCGGGGACUUCCAGAAGGACACUCCCGAGGAGCGCAACCUGCGCUUUGGAGUGCGCGAGCACGCGAUGGGCGCCAUCUGCAACGGCAUCGCGCUCCACUCCCCCGGCUUCAUCCCCUACUGCGCCACAUUCUUCAUUUUCACCGACUACAUGCGGUCGGCCAUCCGCAUGGCGGCGCUGAGCCAGGCAGGCACCAUUUUCGUGAUGACUCACGACUCCAUCGGCCUGGGAGAGGACGGCCCCACCCACCAGCCCAUCGAGCACCUGGCCUCCUUCCGCGCCAUGCCCAACAUCCUCAUGUUGCGCCCCGGUGACGGCAACGAGACCGCCGGUGCCUACCUGGCGGCCGUGCUGAACGCCAAGGGCAAGACCCCCUCCGGCAAGGUACGGCCGAGCAUUCUGGCGCUGUCAAGGCAGGGGAUGCCCAACCUGCCCACCACCUCCAAGGAGGCUGUGCUCAAGGGAGGCUACAUCGUGCACGGCGGCGACGCCAAGCCCGAUGUCAUUUUCAUCGCCACCGGCUCUGAGCUGAGCUUGGCGAUUGACGCGGCCAAGGAGAUUGAGGCAAGCGGCAAGGUGGCGCGCGUGGUGUCCAUGGUGUGCUGGGAGCUGUUCGAGGACCAGGACGAGUCCUACAAGAACUCCAUCCUGCCCCCCGACGUCACCGCCAGGGUGUCGGUCGAGGCCGGCUCGACCUUCGGCUGGGAGCGGUACGUGGGCCAGAAGGGCAAGGCCAUCGGAGUGGAUUCAUUUGGCGCCUCCGCCCCGGCCCCCAUCCUGUACGAGAAGUAUGGCAUUACAAAGGCAGCCGCCGUGGAAGCCGCCAAGGCCCAGCUCUGAGCGCUAUCCCGCCCUGAUUAGGCAUGGCUGCCUGCGCGGCCUGAUCUGGCGCCAGGUUGAGUAACCCUGUGUGGCUAAGUCAUCGGCCAAACCAGGCGCACCGCCUGAACAGGCGCCCCCAGCCGCCGUAGCCAAAAGAGGCGACCACGCAGUGACCAUGCAGAGCAUCUUGCAGGACUUUGGGUUUGCUGAUAUAAGCGAGCAGUGCAGAGAGUCUGCAGGUUCAGGGCGUGGCAGGGUGUGUAGGUAGACUGCCACCUGGCACUGCUGUGGGGGUCCAAGGGGUUAUAGGAUAGCAACAAAGCAGCCCAAUUCAUCAUGUCCAGGGACUCAUGGGCAGAUGCCAUCAGGCCAGCUCAGUUCUCUCGAGAUGGAUUGUUUCAGGGAUGCUGGCAACACCACAUGAACGGGACACACCGCAGCCCUCCUUUGAAGGUGGCUUGAGUUGUUUCGAUUGUAGUGAAAUGUCAAGGAUGCUUUAGUGAUGAUGAAUGCAUGAGCGAUGCAAUGUCAUUGGCUCUGCAGUUGAAGCUAGGACUGACAACCCUUACCUGGUGGUGACCCCACAGGCACAUCAGGACUUGUCCACUGAGUUCAGUGAUGGCAAAUGGUUGGUUACAGAUAUGGAAUGUGCGAGUCCGUGGAGAAUCUCUUAUUGUCGAAGAAAAUUCUUUCACACCUGUCCAGGUGUUGAUAAAUGUGUGAGGGCCAGAUGUGCUCUGCUCUCUUUCAGACGAUUACUAUGCGGAAUCCGUAAGUAAAUUGUAAUGCACCGCUCCUGAGAC